CAAAUUGUGUUAGAGAGUAUACAAAAUGGCUGAAAGUGAGAAGAAAGAUGAAGGUUCUGGAGAGAGUUGGUGGGGUAGCUGGAUCCAGGCAGCAAAAGAUACGUCUGCCUCGGCAAUGGAAUUUGUUCGGAGAGAUUUAGGCGAGUUCACAUGCACAGUGCAAGCUGAUACACAACAUGCAGUUUCUGCUACUUCAACAACUGUGAAAGAAACAUUGAAGGCAGAGAAUGCAGCAACUGCUAAAAGUCGUAUGAAGGAAGGGAUCAAUUCAUUGUUUCAAGGGUUGAGUAAAGCUCUAACAAUACCACCAGAUGAUGAUGGACAGAAACCAGUUCUAGUGGUAUCCUCAGAAUCGGCAAUCUAUGAUAGGUCAAAGGUGAGAUUACAUGCCAUACAAGUUGAUCCAGGAACUUAUCUAAAUGAACCAACUGGUCCUCGAGAACAUUUUAUAGAAUGGUGCCAACAUUUUGAUAUGGAAUCAAGGAAAGGUGAUGUGUCCGAAUUAUUGGUAUCCAAAGUGGAAGUUAGAGCACUUUACACAAAAUUGGUACCAGCCCAAGUAUCACAUGCUGAAUUCUGGCAGAGAUAUUUUUAUAAACUACAUCAGAUGGCUUUAGAUGAGGCAAGAAAACAGGCAUUGAUAAAACGUGCUGAAAGAUCAAGGACCGAUAAUAACUCAAUAAAUGAUGAUUGGAGUGGAGAUGAAGACAUGGAAAUCGUGGAAUUGCCGGACAUUCCAGAGGGUUCUGGUAGUCCCAAAAAACAUAGAUAUCUUGUUGAGGAACAAACUAUUACUAGAUUGUCCCCUGAAAAAGAUAUAAAGGCUUCUGUUAGUGAUAAAGAGAGUAGUAAGACCCCUAGUGCUAAUUCUAUACAAAAGGACAAAAAAAUAUUGGACAAUUUGAAACAAAAAUUUGUUACUGAUCCAGCAGUUUCAAAAACAGUUGAAAACAAAGAAAGGGCAUCCCUUCAAAGCACUGUUGAAACACAACUUCACAUUUCAAAGGGUGAUGAUCUCCCAUAUGAAAAUCUUGAUUCCACAAUAACAAAAGCGAUUAAAAACGAACCUUCCCAAAAUAGUGCUGAGUCUCCUGAAUUUAAGGAAAGCAAGCCAACAGCGAAAACUUCCAAUGUCCCUGAAAAUAUUAAAAAUGCCCAAGACAAAGAACAGUUAUUAGAUUAUUCCAAGAAAGCUGAUUCAAUUAAUAUACCUGAAGAACAGGAUCAAAGUAAAUUUGAAGAUAAACUGUUGGACCAAUCAUAUGAAACUGAAAGUAGUAAUGAUAAAUUGAAAGUAGACCAAUCCAUUGGUCAGAAGAAUGACCUGGUCAAACAGAAAUCUGAGUCAGCUAACACUGUCUCUGAAAGUAAGGGAUCGGUUGUUGAAAUUCCUGCCAAGAUUCCAGAAACAUCUGUGGAGCAAGUUGUGGUUCAAGUAAAACCAGAGCCUAUUAAUGUAGCUCCAGAAGAAAGUAAGGAACCGGUUGUUGAAAUUCCUACCAAGAUUGGGCAAGGUGUUGUAAAACCAGAGCCUGUCAGUGUAGCUCCAGAGGAAAGUGUUGCAAAUGCUGCUACCUGUAAGGUUGGUGAAUUAAAGACUAAAGAAAAGGGUGAUAUGGUCGUCAUUGGAUCAGAUAGAGAAUCACCAACGUCAGAAUCCAGUGGAAAUAAAGAUUACCUACGAUUGGUUCCAGAUCUGAGUAAUGAGGAAGACUGGGAUAAAGAUUUUGACUUGGAUGUCACUGAAGAAGACUUAAAAGCUGCCGAAGAACUGGCUAAAAAGAUGGGAGAUAAUCUGGACUUGGAGGAUGAUGAUUGGGAGAAUUGGGAAUAAAAUGGUUUCAAUACUAUGUAAUAAUAGUUGACUCAAGUGGUACAUUCAGCAUCUAUUGUAAUUUUACAUGUAAAUAAUAUGUACAGAUUAAAUAUAUUCUGCUUAUGUCUUUCAUUGUUUAUAUAUUAGACUUAUUGUAUUUAAAUCUGGGACCGGUUCUUAAUUUGAGUCAUCUAAGAUUUAUAUUAAUUUUACUAGAAAUGUCUUGGUAAGAAUAUAGAACUCUUUUAGUCUUUAUUUUAAUCAUUAACAUGUCCGGUAGUUAGAAUUUGGUUAGACAUGGGUUGGUCUUCAUAUGACUUGAACUAUUUUAUUUACUUCAGACACUUAAAGUAUACAGAAAAAUACUAGUAUUUAGACAAGCCAAUUCUUUAUUUUCAUACUAGCACAUAUUUUCUUAUAAUAUUCUUUGUAAAGUGUAUAAUGACAUGUAUGUGUAUAUUAAAUGGAAUUUUACCUGUAUAUGUUUCGGAUGUAAUAUAUCUGAAUUAAAGAGAAAGGGUUCAUGUAAACAAA